AUGCCGUCACAUAAGACCUUCAUGAUCAAGAAGAAAUUGGCGAAGAAGAUGAGGCAGAACAGGCCCAUCCCUUACUGGAUCCGGAUGAGGACUGACAACACCAUCAGAAGACUAAAAGGCGGGAAUUCACCUCAUUGGACAUUCGUAGAAGUUGUUGUCGUAGAGUCGACAAAGAAGCUUUCAACAUUAUCCCAGUUUGAUGAUAAACCAGAUUAUACAUUUUUGAAAAGGCUUUUUCGCGACCUUUUCAUUCGUGAAGGGUUCCAGUUUGAUUAUGUCUUUGAUUGGACUAUUUUGAAGUAUCAGCAAUCUCAAAUUGCCACUCCUCCUUCACGUGCCGUCGGUUCUGGUGCUGGGCCAAGUUCUGGCAUACCACCAGCUGUUGUGAGUGCUGCUGAUAGACCAACACGUGGGGAAGAGGGUAGACAUACCGGUUGGUCUUCAUCAGAUCCUGCUCGUAGAAGAACCUCUGGACCUAUUGCAAAUGAUGUAAACUUAUCUAGACAAAAAGCCCCAGUUCCAAGUGACUCAACUGCAUCGAAAGAUGCUAUGUUGUCUAGUUCUAAUUUCUUCCAACACCAUCAAUUCACCGUAACCCAUCUACUCUUAACUAACCUCAUCCCUCUCUGGCAUACCUCUAUUUCGUCACCUUCUUCUUUGCCAUUACGCUUGGAUUCUUUGCUCAUCAGUGGAUUAUGUACUCACUUCAAAUGCGUUACAUCCUCACCGCCACAGGUCCCAUAG